AUGCCAAUCAGCUACACCAUAGUUGUUCCAGCAUACAAGGAGUGCGGUAACCUGGAGGCUCUUACAAAGCGGGUGUUUGAUGCUAUCUGUGAUGCCGGAUUUGCCAAGAAUGAUGUGGAGAUGCUCAUUGUUGACGAUAAUUCGCAGGAUGGCUCGGUUGAGGUUGUGAAGAAGCUCCAGAAGGAAGGAUAUGGGGUGCGCAUUGAUGUUCGGACGAAAGAGCGCGGGCUGAGCAGCGCAGUCAUUCAUGGUAUUUCCAACUCCAAAGGAAAGUACAUUCUUGUAAUGGAUGCGGAUCUUCAGCAUCCCCCUGAAGCGGUGCCUCGGCUAAUUCGCGCCCUUGAAAGACCAGGGGUUGAUUUUGUCUGCGGCACCAGGUACGGUGCAGGUGUAGCCAUCGAUGGCGACUGGCCUAUUCAUCGACGUGUCAUCUCGUGGGGUGCACGCGUGCUUGCUCGUCCUCUGACACCCCUCAGUGACCCUAUGUCAGGCUUUUUUGGCCUUCCCAAGGAGGUUUUUCAGCGUGGUGUAAGAGACCUGAGCCCUAUUGGCUACAAGAUUGCGCUGGAAAUUUUUGUUAAGUGCCACGUACAGAAGUAUGAGGAAGUGGGGUUUAACUUUGCCACUCGAAUUGUGGGUGAGAGCAAGUUAACGGGAAGGGUCAUAAUUCAUUACUUGAAGCACCUGCGGGCACUUUAUCUUUAUGCAUUUGGCAAGUGGAUUCUGCUCGUACCGCUGCUUAUGAUAUUCAUUUUUUUUUGGGCUGUGAAACAGGUCGUGUAG